GUGGCGGCAAUUAUUUUCAGUAUCUGAUAUUAAUUAGCGAGUACCCCAUAGUUGUGCACCGUAUCACGACGUAUCAAAAUUGUCGUAAUAAAUAUGGAAAGUUUUGCAGUGAAUUAGCAAUAUUUAAUUUAUUUGCGUGAUCUUUGCGGGGAUUCGAUCAAAAAUUUACGCUCACUCUUGUGCAAACAUUGAAACGUGUACGCUGAUUGUGUUUUGUAACUUCAUCUUGACUGAAGUACGCAAAUGAAGAUGCGGGUUUCGGUAGCAGGGGUGAUGGUGCUAUGCCUUUACGUCAACGCUGCAAUUGCGAAAGAAGUAUGCCCCGAUAGCGUGAUUAAAGAUGCUAUACUCAAAUUAGCACACGCAAUGCGGAUAAAUAGUCAGAAAUUAGAACGACAUGAACUUCGUGACCGUCAAGCAACAGAACAUAUGAACGAGGCUGUGGGAACUUUAGUUCAAAAAGCGUCCGUUCUUGACACGAUCACGACACAUUUCACGAAAAUCGAGGAUCGGAUAUCUGGAAUUGAGCAGCUCAUUUCGCAGAAAGACGAAAGAGAAAGAAUCCAGUUGCAGAAAACCGUGGAUUUGGUAGAAAAGUUGGAGAAAUUUCUGGAAACACAGUUCAAGGAAAUGAAAACUAAAAUGUCCGAAAUGAGUGAACGUACUGAAGUAACUACACCAUCGACAACUCCUGAAUCCACAUUGAUGUUAGAUAUAAUAUCCAAGAUAAACGAUACAGAAGAACAUUUAAUAGAACAAGUUGCAAGGAUUGAAUUUGGCGUUAGCAGGAUGGCCAAUAAAAGUGACGAUAACAUUGCUGUUCAAUAUGAGAAACUACAGACCGUAAUUGACGAAGUACAAAACAUAAGCGGUAGAAUUACAGACAUCGAAACAUCUCUCGAAAAAGAUCACGAGAUCUCCGAAAAGGACAAAAACGAAACUAUGGAGCAAAUGGUUAACGUCGGAUUAAUUCUGCAACAGCAGAAUGAAACACUUGGAACAGUUACCAAACAUUUGGAAGGCAUUGCGAACCGUGUCCAAGUUUUACCAACGGUAUCUGAGGUUGAAGCUCGUCAUCUCGAAAUAAAGGAGGCAGUAAAAGGAACUCAGCAUACGUUGGCAGGUUCACUUACCAAUGAAAUUGACGGAUUAAGGAAUCAAGUCUGUGAAAGUGAAGAAAAAAUCAAAAACAGUGUUGCGAAUCUAAGGUCAGAUUUCGCCAUGAAUUCAGAGAGUGUGAAUAAGGAAUUAGCACUCCUUACUCAGGGUCAAGCCGUGAUGGAGUCUACGGUAGACAACGUAAUAGAUACAGGAACGAAGGUGGAAAUUGGAAUCCACCAGAUUAUUACGGGUGUUAAGACAUUGAUCAAAGACCAAAAUACAGUAUUUAAUGAUAACUUUGACGAGAAAAUUAGCGCAGUUUCAAACAAUAUCAUCGGAAAUCAAAGUAAGGCUCUGGCAAACUUGACAACUAAAGUCGAAAAUGAAAUUCUUACGGUUUGGAGAGAAAUACAUGCGAUGUAUCAAACGAUGUCUCAAAAUGCUGCAAUACUAGAGAAACUUCAUCAGAAGAACGAAGUGUACGUCAAUGAUACAACUUCGACCAUAGACGGAAUAGAAACGCAGGUGACAGAUAUGUCGAAACGUACAUAUCAAGUUCACGAAAAUUUGAACGUUUUAAUGAACCGCAUCGGCAUGGUGUCCGACGAAUUCGGUGACAUCAAAAUCGCACUUGAAACUGCACUGGAUAAUAUUAAAGCUUCGUUUAAAGAAAUACAACAGAAGGAAAAAAAUAUUACUGGUGUAGUUCCACAUCCUAUUCCAGAAGACUAUGACGAGCCGGAAAUGAACCCUGAUACUUCAAAAGUUAACAUUAAUCUAAACACAAGAAUACCAAUCUCGGACGUCAAACCUAACUGAGCUUGCGUAUGUAACUUUAUGCAUAAUAAAUUGAUAAAUAAUUUUGAAUAUUGCCAUUCUGUGAUGAGCGAAAGAAGGAUGAUUUUCCCGCAUAAAUCGUGAUUUAUAGUGAUCAUUAAGAGAUAAUCGAUUUAUUUGAAACGACAAUAACGUUAUUGCAAUUUAAACGGAAACAUAAAAAAUUGAAGAAUUAAUGCGAGAAAUUAUUCAUACUUCGAAUAUAAUUUUAUUGUAUCACUUCAAUUGAAUUACAAAGGAUUUCUUGCUAUUAUUGUUACAAAUAUUUCUUACUGACUAUUAUUUCGCUCGAAAUACUUGAGUACAUGAAAAAUCAGUUUAAUAACUUUUUUGAUAACCUGAUUGUAGGGCCGCUCAAAAAUGGCAAAAAAAUCGAAGAAAUUAUAUAUAUAAUCAGUAGUUCAAGUUCAAUGUACUUGCCCUCUACCUUUGUAUACAACAUAAGCAGGUACCCUAAAUCAUUUAACUCGUUGCAAUAAUUACAAUAUUUACCAUCCAAAAUUUUGUAGUACAUUGAGUGUAAUAUAACUAGUAUUGUGCACACUUGA